AUGACAGACCAGUUCGCAUACACAUAUCCCUCUCCUCUGGUGGGCUACGAGAACCUUGAGCCACUUCCCGAGGAAAGGAACGACGACGGAAAGUCCUUGAAGAACCCGCAGCAUGGGAUUCUUAGUAAAGCCUACGAGGAGUUUCCUGAUCCUCUGAGCAAGGGUCGACGGGGAGGAUUCGAUAUCCAUAUCUAUCAUUUUCAGAAUAACCCAGACCAAGUGGCCUAUGCGAGGGCGCUGUGGGAACGAAUUCGACGGGAGUUCCCCGAACUCCGCAUCUACACCUUCUGGGAUAAACCUGUCGGUCCACAUCCAGUCGCCAUGUUCGAGGUGAACCUCUUCACGCCCGCCCAGUUCGGCGCCUUCAUACCCUGGCUUGUUAUAUACCGAGGCCCGCUGAGUGUACUGGUCCAUCCGAACACCGAGGCCCAUGAAGACGAAAGGAAUCACACGCAGAGGGCGAUGUGGUUGGGGGAUCGAAUUCCGCUGGACUUAAGGGUAUUUAAGAUUAUGAAGGAGAAGGAGAGGGUAGAGAGGGAGAAGAAUGAGAACAAAGAGAAGUUAUGAAUCGAGUUUAGUGGGUUCAUAUCUAGGGGCGAUGUAGUAAAUAGUGUGCUGGUUUGAUUAAAGACUGGCUUGAGGAGUCACUGGAUGAGGACCCAUAUAUAUAUCUGAUCG